AGUUGUCAACAUUGCGUGCUUCUAUGUCUGGGACUUGUAGUUUACUUCAGUCCACAGCUCUUUAUUCAAAGCGGUAGGCUUUCAUUUGUUUUAACUACAUUUCCGGUUUUCUUUUUUUUCUAAUGAAUUCUUUGUACCGUGGAGCAAGGUAAACAACCGAACGGACACCGAGGACAGCAUGUCACCUCGAGCGCUUAGUAGCGCACGUGUGGCAGCUUGACACUAGGCUAGCUCGUGCAUGUUAGCCGGGUGGUUGAACGGCAUUAGGUGCACGAUGAGACGCAGUAGUACAGUGACAGAGAUGCAGCGUUCUUCCGCUACUCUCAAAUACGCGCAGGAUUAUUAGUAAUAUGAAAAUGGGUCAAAAGGAAGAGGGAGGGUUGAGAAGAGGGGAAGAAGGGAUAUCCAAAUGGCCACGGGUCUCAAAGUUCGUCUUGUCCGCGUGCGCAGCUGUCGUCGCCGAAAUGGUGACAUUCCCCCUGGACCUAACCAAGACCAGGCUGCAGAUCCAGGGAGAGGCCGCUGCCCGCCAGGCUGCUGGGGGAGGAGGGGGAGGGAGGGGGGGAGGUCAACUUCCGUACCGGGGGAUGAUGCACACUGCCCUGGGGAUCGUCCGGGAGGAGGGCCCCUUCAAACUGUGGCAGGGGGUCACGCCCGCCCUCUACAGACACAUAGUGUACUCAGGAGUGAGGAUGGUGACCUAUGAGCAGCUGAGGGAGUCAGUGCUGGGCCGCUCUGCAGACAACAGCUUCUCUCUGUGGAAGGCCGUGCUGGGAGGCAUGCUAGCAGGGGCACUGGGCCAGUUCAUGGCCAGUCCCACAGACCUGGUGAAGGUCCAGAUGCAGAUGGAGGGGAGGCGCAGACUGGAGGAAAAACCCCCCCGGGUGCGGGGAGUGUACCACGCCCUGGUGAAGACUGUGUCUGAGGGAGGGGUCCGGGGCCUGUGGGCAGGAUGGGUCCCCAACGUGCAGAGGGCUGCGCUGGUCAACAUGGGAGAUCUGACGACCUACGACACGGUGAAGCACUUCCUGCUCAGGAACAGCUCCCUGCAGGACAACGCUGUCUGUCACAGCCUGGCCAGCACAUGCUCAGGUUUGGUGGCUGCAACCAUGGGAACGCCUGCUGAUGUCAUCAAAACCCGAAUAAUGAACCAGCCAAGAGAUAUGAUGGGAAGGGGCUUGCUGUACAGGUCCUCUACAGACUGCCUGCUGCAAGCUGUGAGAGGAGAGGGCUUCCUGUCCCUCUACAAAGGCUUCCUGCCCACCUGGAUGAGAAUGGCGCCCUGGUCUCUGACUUUCUGGUUGACCUUUGAGCAGACCAGGAAGGCCCUGGGAGUGGGCUCCUUCUGAACACCAGCUGGGUCUGUCUUCUAACCAUCAAAAUAACAACCUUCAUAACAUUAUGUUAACUACUG